AUGGUAUCUAAGAAAUUCGUGGUCUACUAUUUCAUAGCAACACAUUCCAGUUCAAAAUGCAACUUUAUUGGGCGCAUCAUUGGCCCAGCAGGAAUGAGCGUCAAGCAGCUGGAAUCAGACACCGGCUGUCAUAUUCUAAUUCGAGGAAGAGGGAGUGUGAAAGACCCUCGCAAGGAGCAAAGACUUCGUGGCCAACCAGGUUGGGACCACCUUGAAGAACCACUACAUGUUCUCGUCACCGCCGUGGACAACAAUCAAACAGUGUGCCAACAGAAACUACGACAGGGUGUGGAAAGUGUUCGCCAGCUCCUAACCCCAGCUCAUGACGAUUACAAACGUUGUCAACUGAUGCAGCUCGCAAUAAUUAACGGGACCUAUCGCCAAGCACAAGAAACAAGCACAAACGAAUAA